AACAGAAACAGAAAAAGACAAACACUGUAAUGUCUGGACGUGGAAGAGGACGAGCAAGGGGCCCAGGGAGAAGACCAGCUCCAGUGAGAGAUGCAGGGCCAGGGAGAGGUGCAGUGAGAGGUGCAGUAGGAGGUGCAGGUGCAGGAAGAGGAGCAGACCCAAGGAGAGGGCAAGGUAGAGGUGUAAGAAUGCGUGGUGGUGGCAUUCCAAGGGCUGCAAGAACAGUAGUCAGUGAUGAAAUUCGUGCCACUAUCAUUGACCAUGUAAUCAACCAUGGUCUCUCACUAAGAGAGGCUGGUGAAAGAGUCCAACCCAAUUUGAGGCGGUCAACGGUUGCCUCCAUUAUUCGCAUCUUUCAACAAACCAACAGGUAAGUAUUGCAUUUUACAUGGAUUGUUUCUAUUCUCACUUGACAUGUCAAUAAGGUCAUACAGUAAUGCAUAUGUUGAUUUUUUUCCCCUCUAAAGAAUGCAACGUCUUCCACCCUCUGGGGGAAGAGGAAAGCUCCUCAAUAAUGAUCAAGAGCUUGCCAUUGUAGAAAUGGUUGUUGCAAAUAAUGCAAUAAAACUGCAUGAAAUUAAAACUAGAAUUGUGGAGGACCAUGAGAUAUUUGGCAAUAUAGAAAGCAUCAGCCUCACAACCAUUACACGGACACUGUCCAAACACAGAGUGCGGAUGAAGCAGCUCUACACUGUUCCCUUUGAGAGGAACAGUGAGAGAGUCAAGGAGCUACGACGACAAUAUGUCCAGAGAGUUAUGGAAUUGAAGGCCAACCAGGCCCUUCAUGAAUUCAUUUACAUAGAUGAGGCAGGAUUCAAUCUAUCCAAAAGGCGUCGACGUGGACGAAAUAUAAUUGGAAAAAGGGCCACAGUUGAUGUGCCAGGACAGAGAGGGGCAAACAUUACCAUGUGUGCAGCAAUGGCAAAUGCAGGAUUACUCCUUCACAGAUGUCAGGUUGGACCCUAUAAUACCGAGCGCCUCCUUGCCUUUCUCAAUGAUCUCCACCUGCGCCUGGUACCAGAGCAGGAUCAGGAGGGUGAAAGCAUGAGGACCUUUGUAAUUACCUGGGACAAUGUUGCUUUCCAUCAUUCGCAAGCAAUAACAGCAUGGUUUGAAGUCCACCCAAGACUGGUAAGUCUCUUCCUUCCACCCUAUUCACCUUUCCUCAACCCCAUAGAGGAGUUCUUUUCUGCAUGGAGGUGGAAGGUUUAUGACCAUCAGCCACAUGACCAGAUGUCCCUCCUUGAAGCCAUGGAUGCUGGCUGCAGGGACAUCACAGUUCAAGAUUGCCAAGGGUGGAUCCGACAUACCAAGCGGUUUUAUCCCAGGUGCAUCGCCUUGGAUGAUAUCAGAUGUGAUGUUGACGAAAACAUGUGGCCUAACCCUGAAGAUCGCAGGGAUUAGAUACAUUAAUUUUGUGCUAUUUUUAGUUCCCCCUUCUUAU